AUAGUAUGCUCUAGAAAGCUUCAGUGUUGCGACAGUGUUUUGCUAAUUGAGGUGCGACACCAAUCUCAAUGUCCUCAUCAAAUGGCUAUAGAAUUAAAUUUUGUAAAAUCGGAUAACGAAUCGUGGGGCUUUCGCCUCACUGGUGGAGCUGAAUAUGACGUUCCACUUACAGUCAUCAAGGUGGCACAGAAUAGCAUUGCCGAAAACGGGGGGCUUAGAGAGAACGAUAUUAUUGUCAGAGUCAACGACACCCCUACCACAGGUGUUACGCAUCCUGAAGCCCACGAUUUGCUAGUUUCAGCGGGAAUUAACUUAACUUUAGCAAUCAGGAGAGAUCUUUCUUCAACGUACGAGGAAGAAAGUAAUGAAGAAGUCAAAAAUAUCAUGCAAAGUUGUGUAGAAGACGAAACGAUAAUUGAACAUGAACGACAAGUGCAUUUUGAAAUUGUGAAUCCCAACCAGUUAGUUGUUGGUAACACUGAACAAAAAAUUGAAACUCAAACAAUAAAGGAGAAAGAAACUAAAUCAUCGAGUGGUUCAGUUUCGGUAGCAGAGGAACGGAAGUGGUCAACCUUUUUGCAAAAACCAAAAAACCCAAAACCAGUUUUGAAAAAACAAGAAGACACCCCUAAAGGCGAGCCCUACAGGGUUGUGAUAAAAAAACAGAAGAAAAAAACCGAAGACAAGAACAAAAUGAAGGAAACCAAACUGGAGGCUGCAGAACAGGUAGUUGAGACGAAUGAAGAACUUGAAACUUUUGCACAAGAACCAAAUGUGGUUGCUGUUCAAGAAGUUUCAGUUCGUGCUGAAAUUACGGAAGAAUGUGAAAUACAAAUUGAAGAUAAAGAAAGCGAAGAGAACAGUGAUGCGGAAAAAGAGGUGUCAACUGAAUCCAAUAAGUCACAAGUGGAGAAAAAUGCUGAGUUGGAGAAAGUGUUAGAAGAAAAACUAGCCGAAGUCCAGAAGCAGUUGCAAGCUUUAGCCCAAUUACCUUCAACAAUUCAAUCAACAAUUGAUGCCGUUACCAAACAAUUAGCCACAAUAGUCCACAUCACAACGUUAUCGGUUGCUGAAAGCGAAGAUAAGGCAAUGUCAGAGGUGAAUUCGGAAUUUGAGGACGACAAAGCUGAACAAGUCGUUACUGAAGAAAGUGGGGUUUCUUCAAACCAAGACGAAGUUUUUGGCGAACUGGAGCCCCAACCAGAAGAAGCGGAAGAAAUGCAACCGUCUGAAGAAACAGAAAUUCACGAAGAAACCGUCGAAGUGGAGGAAAAACAGUUCGAUCCGGAGGAGGGUUUGACCGAAGAGGAGAAAGAAGCGAAAAGAGCGGAACGCGAGCUUUUGGAAAAACAGCAAAAGGAGCGAGAACAACUCGAGGAGUUCAAGCAGCGUCGUUUGAAACAAAAACCAACCUUACCCUUAAAACCUAUUGAGCGUCCCAUAAUUUUACCAGGAGGCCGGAGAUGGUCUCAGCCUGAUGACGCAUGUCCAUCCGUUCGACACCCAAAAAUGUCCGAUGAAAAAAUUGCAAACACUAUAGAGACCUAUUCCGAAGUUAUCGUCGGGAAGCUGAAAGGAAUUAAUUUUUUGAAAUAUCAGCCACCGCCAAAAAAUUUGGAUUAUCUCCAGCGGUCCGAUGUCUACAAGUUAGUCCAUGAUCUUGAACCCCCCGUCAGAGGGAUUUCUAGUCGCGCCUCGAAAAUUUUAUCAGAGCAAGAUUACUACCAGGCUGGAUAAUUAUGUCUGCAACAACCUCACAAUGUUUGUCUAAUUGUAGUUAAACUAUUGUUUUGUUGACAAUAUGCAAAUAAAAAUAUAUUACUUGUUA